UUUUUUCAGAUAUAAAGGUCGUGCACGACACCAAGCUAUAGCGCAAACGGUGAAAAAUAUAAAAAUCAAUUACAACUAUGCUACUGCUCUGUGCUAGAAGGGUCCUGCCGACGCUAUGCCGUCCGCACGUCCGCUUCGGCGUGCGCCUGAACUCGUCAGACGCGCCGUGGUAUCUGCGCCAGACGCCACAGAAACCCGCCGUGCUCAACCAGACCCCCCUCCCCGAGCUUCCUGCCAACUCGCCAGACACCCUGCAGCCGCUGCUGGAGUUCGUCGCACAGAAGCUUGGAAUGACCGACAUCGAGGUGUUCGAUCUGCGUGGCACAGACAGCGAGCAGACCUCCAACGAAGGCGCCCAGGAGGUGGCCGACUUCAUGAUCAUAGCCACGGGUAAGAGCUCCAAGCAUCUGCAGAAGGCCACCUUCGAACUCAAUUUUUACGUCAAACACCAGCUCAAGAGCCUGUCGACGCACGAGGGGCUGCUGACUUCCGGUCAAUUGGCCAAGUUCCGGCGCAGACUGCUCAAAAGAGGCAAAAAGGGCCCGAGCUAUGCGAUGAACAAUUAUGGCGCAGAACCCAACACCUGGGUGAUGGUGGACUGCAAAAGGGACAACAUCUUUGUGCAUUUCAUGACGCCCGAGAGGCGUGCCGCCAUGAACCUCGAGGCUCUGUGGGCCAAGGAUAAGGAAAAGUACGAAAACAGGGCCCAGCCAGCGGAAGAUGAUAGUAUUUUCUCGGGCUUCAGGUUCAUUCACACCAUGCGAAGACCGAUGAAUGCUAUUCAGGUGCUUACGCAACUGUCCCAAUUUUCUAGACGUUCCAGCACAGAGACAGAGGACCGUUUCCAGCAGCUGAAAGAACAGCAUCUCGCAGACCCUGCCAGUUGUCCACUGGACCGCCUGGAGAACCAUCUCAAGGCUAAACAGGCCAGCGGCCGACUCGUGACUGCCAAAGAAAUCUCCAAGCUGGUCGAGGUCGUGCUGCAGUCUGCCGAGUUCCACGAAGGACUGGAGACAGAUACGGCCGUGUUCAAUAAACGGUACGCUCGUAUCUUCGCCAUUCUAGAGACCUUCAGUCCUGUGCUGACAGAAAAAGACGUACAGGAGCUGUUGCCCGUGAUGGUAGUUGCCGGAUCACAGAUCGAUGCCGAUGGCUUUAUCACGCUUGCAUCCACGACACAGGACUCGGAUGUCCAGUUCAGAUAUUCCCCGAUGAUCCACAAGCUGUACAACCUGUGCCACAAGCUGUACCAAAGUCGCAAGGAUGCUGCGUUUGUCACGAAAAUGGACCUGCUGUUCCUCACAAUCUUUGCCAAUCGCGGAAACUGGGUUUAUAUGAAAAAGGUGCUCGAAGCAGCACUCCAACGCGAGGACUUUGUUCCUGUCCAGGCAGCACUUAAGUUCCUCUCUAUAAAUGGCACGCCAGCCCAGUGUCUGGAUUUUGUGGAUAAUUACCUUCCGUACCUGAAACUGUGGCCAUCAUUUGAUGCCUCUGCGCACAAGACCGAGCUGGACACGGUUCUGGCCAAGGCCGGAAACUAAUGUCUCAUGAUUUUAUACCAACGAUAAUAGCAUUGGAUUUUGGCUCCCUCGAACCAAAAGCAGUAAAACGCCGACCCCAGAUGCACGCGGUCGUCAACCCUGAGCUUGACAUUGAAUAUGGGCUUAAAACACGCCAAAGCCACCACUUUGUCGUGGUCGAUCUCCACAAGCCUCAACUGCGGCGAAAUCUCGUUUAUGCGCGAUAUUGUGACGGUUGGCAAUCGCUGCUUGGAGAUCGGCUGAUCGUACCCUAAAACUGCGUUUCCAGAGUGUAUAUUUGUUAGGUAAUCAUUGAGCUGAUCGGUCAGAAUCCCCGAAAACGUGCCACUGCGGCGAGCAGUGGCCAAAUCGUGGUCUGGAGAUCGAUGUCGCAGACCGAUCUGGCGCGUGAUUUCGUCAAUGUUGGAUUUCGUGCGUGUUUGCAUCUCCUUAUGGAGAUAAGAUCUGGUGAGACUUGCCACGUUAAUCGCGCGAUUGGCGCUCUUGGAAGGCCGUAUUUUUAUCUGGUUGGGUUUCAACACACGGUCCGACCGUCUAUUGAGACCCAGCUUGCCG